AUGAGCCUCCUGCUGCUGGCCACAGGGCUGACCCUGCUCGGCAGCCCCCAGACCCUGCACCAGGGGCCACAGGACUCCAACUUCAAUGAGACUCUGGUCAGCGGAGACUGGUUCUCAGCAGCGCUGGCCUCCAACAGACCAAGACUCCUGCAGGAGGGCGCGGACGCACAGCUUUUCAUCCACAGCAUCCAGGUGACCCCCAGGGCCCUGCAGCUCCACCUGCACAGGAAGGUAAAUGGUACAUGUGUCCCAGUCAUGACGGUGGCAAAUAAAACGAAGAGGAAAUUUCAGUACCUGAUGGAAUAUGGUGGCCAGAAAAGGAUCUUCCUGGAGGAAGUGGACCCCAAGAGCUACGUCAUAUUCUGCACCCACCACAAAGAACAAGGGAAGGAAACGGUGGUGGUGACCCUCUUCAGCCGGACCCCUAAGGUGACUCAGGACACCCUGCUGAUCUUUAAGAACUACUGCAAAAGCCACGGCAUUCACAAGACCAACAUCAUCAACGUGACCAAAGCUGAUCACUGCCUCCACGCCCGACAAUCGGCCCCAUCUGCCCCCAUCCCCAUCCCCGUCCCACCAAGCCCCCUCUCGCUCACAGGGGUGUCUCCCAGGCACUCUGCCACCUUCCCAGAAGGACCAGAAGAUCUUGGUCAACCCGAGGAGCCCUUCAGCCUCCCUGACCCUCUAGGAGCAGCCACCACCCUCCUGGAGGCCUUUCUUGGUGUGUCCAAUAAACGACUGCCCCGGACCCAGUGUGCUCUGGGGGCUUCACCUGUUCACGAGCCUGGCUGGUGA